AUGGCAAAAGUUGAUCUGACUCUGCCCGAAAGCGUGCCGCAGAUGGCGCGCCAUCACACCAGACCAAUGACAUUGGACCCAUUCGCUCUCUACUUCUUAGUUGACUGCACACACGACCUUGACGAGAUCAUCAAAGCAUGCAACUCCGAAUGCCUAAGGGAUGACUAUGUUCAAUGCAGGACCCGGACCGCCUUUGAAAGCGGUUCGCUCAAUGAAAUCAUCAGUCACCAUGUCGUUGUCUGUGAAGCCGAACACCUUGACCCUCGAUAUAUCAUCGUGGUCGCAAAUGAAGACUGGAAGAAGAGUGGCGUCGUGAUGGUCACUCUAGAUGACGAUGACCUGGAAUGCAAACCAGAUCUGUUCUGGAUUAAGGUCGGGGAUUCUGGUCUCGUACUCGUCAACCUGCAAAUCGCAAACACAGAUUGGUUUGAGAUAAAGGAGAGUUACGAGAUCACAGAGGAACCUGAGCCUUGGUCAGGUGAAACGUUCGCAGAUGGUGCUCCUACGAAGACACCGGGUACUGGCUUCUAUAUAGCCUUCUACGCUAUCAAGGGUAUCGACUCGGGUGGACUGGUCCAAAAAGUACAGCCGUUCCCCUCACAACCUGUCGAGGAUUAUUGUUGUCGAUUUGAAGGACAUCUAGAACAUGAUUUAGACGUCGUCGAAGAAGCAACCCAGCUGCAUCUAAACAAGUGUUUGGUGAAUCCGCUUCUACAGAAGGAUAUGAUAUUCGUGGCCGACACUCUCGAGUACGUCGAGAAGGGUUUGUUAAUGUGUAAUAUCGAGGAGAGACAGGAAAAGAGAGUCCAAUGUUUGGUGCAUACACUUGUUCCUACCUUUUGUCAGAUUGCACAAGGACGUAGUAAAUGGUCUGAUCUGCAAUCUGAAGCUUAG